CCCAAAUGCAGGGAAUUCAGCCCAAAACGCCACAGUCCUUACUGGCGUUCAGUACAGCGGUCCCAUGGUGGACAAGCGGGCGGCCACGCUGCCGUCCAAGUACGACGGGAAGGCUGACAUCACCUCUUGGAUUAGUUCCAUGCGGUCAUACUUCGAGGUCAUGCGGACACCGCAAGAGGACCGAAGUAUGAUCAUGGGAACUAAUACCGAGCCUGCCGUAGGAAACUACAUUGAGCUCCAAGCUGUUGCUGCAGGCUAUGCACGCGUAGACCUGACUGAUUGGCUGAAGGUCACCCCUGUUCGCACCCUUGAGGAUCUUCUCCUUGACCCGUAUCAAUAUAAACAUGCUGCGCUCAAGGCUAGACUGAAGCUUGAGGCCCUCAAGGGCCAAACAUGGAGGUCAUCCAUGCAGGCUUUGGAACAACACCUGACUGGUCUAUUCACCACUCCGGAUCUAGGAAUGACUGACGUGUCUUGCAUGGAUGUAGUCAUGGGAGUGGCCCCUAAAGAAUACCUCUCCCUGCUAGCACUCAAGGACCAUGCUACCUGGCGAGAGCUCAUGAAAGACCUAUUUGACCUAGAGGCCAAGGACCUCGCAAGGCGCAAGAAGGCGCCCGCUGCAGGUGGGAAACCACAACGCAAGCGGUUUGGAGGCAGCAACCAGCUUGCACUGCAUGAUCAUCGGGAGGCUGACGAUCAGUCCUAUGCGGAUGAUCUGCCUCUAGAUGACGAUCUAGAGCCGGACUCCGAUACGGGCUGUGUGGGCAUCACCUUUGACAAAGACCGCACUGUCACACACGAGCUGAAUUUCUAUGUCUUGGACAAGUGUCCUUUCGACGCGGUCAUUGGCUUGGGCUGGCUAAAGGCUCAUUGCCCAAGGACCACAUGGGCGGACAAUCAGUUCGUGGUACUUGAUGCCAAGGGGAACGAGCGUACCGUCUUACUAGAUGAGACGCGCGAGUCCCCUGUGACUCUUCUAAGUGCUACCAAAUUCUGCAGCAAGUCAAUGGAGGAGCACGUCAAGCAUCUCGAGGAGGUCUUGCAAGUCCUCAAAGAUGCUCAACUGCACCUCAACUUGGAGAAAUCUGAGUUUGGCAGGGACAACGUUAUCUACCUUGGGCACCGGUUGUCUGCAAGCGGUCUUGAGCCGGAGGCAACCAAGGUUGAGGUCAUCUGCAACUGGCCUCAACCGGCGAAUGUACGCGAGGUUCACAGGCAUAAGCCUUAUGGCCUACUGAGACCUCUUCCCAUUCCCGAUGGACCCGGCGAGUCGAUUUCCAUCGACUUCACGGACAUGGGAAAGGUGAGUGAGGCUGGGAAUUCACAAGUCAUGGUCAUUGUGGACCGCUUCUCCAAAUUUUUGAACUUGAUUCCUCUCCCUCCUCACGCCCCGACUGAACUUGUCAUAGAAGAAUUCCAUCAGCAGUACAUUUUGCAGUCCGUCGUCCCGAAAACUAUUGUGAGUGAUCGGGACACCAGAUUCAUCAGCAAAGAUUGGAAAGACUUCACAUCUGAAAUCUACGACAUCAAACUGAACAGGACUUCUGGUCGACACCCCGAAGCCAACGGAUUGGCUGAGGAGAUCAACCAGAUUGUCAUCCAAUUGCUUCGCGCACUAAUUGUUCCAGAUCAGAACACGUGGGACAAGGAAUUGCACAAAGUGAAGGGGCUGUACAACAACUCCAUUCACUCUGCGACUGGUGUGACACCAAACCAAUUGCAGUAUGGAUGGCCGAUGCGUAAUCCCCUCUCCUAUCUGUUCCCUGAACGGUCACCUGGUCUGAUGCCCGGCAUGCCUGGCUACAAUGCCAAGUACGUACGCUUGCUUAAAGCUGCUACAGCAGCUAUGAACAAGCGCCAACAUGCCAUGAUCAAACAUGCCAAUAAGCGGCGCAAAGAAGAAAUGUUCAAAGUAGGGGAUUAUGUUUGGGUCAAAAUGUCUGAGUUUUCUGAUGAAGAGGGCAUAUCACGGAAGCUUCUUCCACGGUACUACGGCCCUUGGCAGAUUCUGAAGUGGCCCAAGCUGACUCCUCCUCCUAUGUUCUCUGGUGAGGACCCUAAGGUGGCUGUUGCAGAUUGGGUAAUUGCACAACGAACCUACCUGAGUGGGUUCAAGUGUGAUGAGGGUGUGAAGCUGGCUCAACUGGUGGCCAAUGUCGAACCAGGGAACAAUGUCCAGUACUCUGACGCAUCAGGCACCUUGCUAAAAGCUUUCGCGUCCGCAAUCAAAACCUAUCAAGGAAAAGAUUUCACACUGGCCUCCCCGUCGGUGAUGAAGGAUGUCAUGGACAAAGCUGUUGACCAAGCCAAAGCCGAUAAGGUCAUUGCUAACAAGUCCCUUGAGCUGUCACCAAACUUGGUUCUCGCAAUGGCAAACAUGUCGGCAGGACUCAAUCGUAACCUUGAAGAGCUAACAUUGCCUGCUAGUGGUGAACAAAAUCCUGACGUGAUGGAAGUUGUUACCAUGGUCGCAAAGAUCUCCGCGAUUAGCCGUGGCGAGGACCUGAUGAAUGACAUUGCCAGCGUAGCGUCCGGGCAAACCAGCGUGGAGGAUUUUGUCACAAAAAACAAGGUCGAGAACCUCAUGGAGAAGGCGCUAAACGCUCAGCUUCCGUCCACUUUUAGAGUCCCGAGGCCCCAUGCACCCCCGCCGCCUUCGAAGAAAUCAGGCAAGUUAGACAAGAAAGAACGUGAUAUCGUCAUUGGCGUUGUGGUGGGAAUCGGUGGCCCGAUCGUUCUCGGUGUCAUUGCCUUUUCGAUAUGGUUAAUCAUAAAGAGGUUCCCGAACCGCCGGGUGGCCGCCGGGUCCGGUUCUGGGACAGGGGGCGUUCAACCUGCCGCAAUUACCAUACGCCCAGCAAGCCCCCCGUGAGCUCCUUCCAUCCGAUGAGCUGUGAGUAGGCUUCUGUAAGCCAGGCCUGGUUAAUCAUGAAGAAAUUCCCCAACCGCCCGGUGGCUGCCGGGUCCGCUCCUGACGCUCGGGGUGUUCAAACUGCCGCAAUUACCAUACGCCCAGCAAGUUCCCCCCAAGCUCGGUCAGUGCGAUGAGCUGCGAGUAGGCUUCCGCAGGCCAGGCCUGCAACGGCUUUUCAAAGGGCAGUCGGAAGGAGAGAGAGGGAGAGGGAGUAAUGGUGCAUGACAUGGUGUUUUGGCUGGCUCUUGAUUCGGGACCUUUGACCGGAUCCGUUGACCAGGCCCGUUUGACCAAUGGAAAUCUCAUUUUGACCAUGAAGAAGCCUCUUAAGUGACUUGAGGGAGGUUUUGGGGCUAGGCUCUGGAACUCCAAGACUGGAACUGUGGGAAUGGAACUGUGGGACUGUGGGAAUGGAACAGCAAAUGCAUGGCAUGCAAAAUACUGGUGUGUGAACAGCCAACCAGACACAUGCGAGUGGGCGCCAGAACUGUUCGAAUAUUGCUUCUUCUGUUUAACAUGUCACUUCUGGUGUGGGCUGGUGCCAAGCAAUUGAUGUC